AUGUCGGCCUUCACAGAAGCCAACAGGAAAGCUUUCGACGAGCUCGCAACGAUCUACAAUACAAAACCCUGGCAGCAAGCUCUGUCUGCACAAUUUACCAAGGAGCUACAUACUCGCAGAGCAUGGCUAGGUCUCACAGCAAACUCAUCCGAAGGCUCAAAGCUCCUUGACUAUGCUUGUGGAACCGGCGUCGUGACGAAAGCUCUCGGCGCCGACUUCACUACGAUCCGUGGCAUUGACAUUAGUGAGAAGAUGGUUGAGCUAUACAAUGCCGCCGCCGCUCAGUCUUCGGGAGACGAGAGACCAGUGGCUGUGGUCGGCGAUUUGCUAUCCACUCCGCACUCCGCCUCUCUCGCGGGCUCAGAGUGGCGGGACUUCGAUCUAGCAGUCAUCUGCGCCGGGUUCCAUCAUUUUGAGAGCCCAGGAGAAGCUGUGCAGCGACUGGUCGAGAGGCUGCGACCAGGAGGCCAGCUUUUGAUCGUCGAUUUCCUGCCCUUCGAUGAUGAGGUUGAUAGAGAGAGGAAGUUGCGAGAGCAGAUGGAGCAUACUCAUGGUCCUGGACAUGACUUUCCAGAUAUGACACAUACUAUCAAGCAUAGCGGCUUCAACGAGGCGCAGAUGUCAGAAUUUUACACGGCGGCUGGACUGACAGACUUCGGCUUUAACCUCGCAGCAGAAGCGUCAAGUAUGGAGCUGAAGAAUGGCAAGGUUGAAAGGUGGAUGUUCUUCGCCAAGGGAAGGAAGGCUGCAUGA